UCCCAUUUCUGGAGGAUACGUAUCACGUCGCCAUUGAGUGAAGCGGCCUGAUAGUAGUGUAAGAGGCGGCUGCCACCUCCACCACCUCCUCCUCCCCGGACUUUACGGCUACGACACACACCGGACUCCGACAUGACCCCUCUGCGCGGGCUGAUGCUUGUGCUGCUGCUGGCCUUCCCGGUCACACUGCUGAGCAGAGGUCCAUUAGUUGCUGCCCAAGAUGCAACAGAAGAUGAAGAAGCAAUUGAAGACUCGGUAGUAGAAGACGAUGAUGAUGAGGCUGAGGUGGAAGAAGAUGAAACGACAGACUUGGCAGAAGACAAGGAGGAAGAAGAAGAUUUGAGUUCUGGUGAACCAAAAGCCUCUCCCAAUGCUGAUACCACCAUCUUGUUUGUCAAAGGCGAAGAUUUCCCAGCUAAUGAUAUUGUGAAGUUCCUUGUUGGCUUCACAAACAAGGGUACUGAAGACUUCAUUGUGGAUUCGCUGGACGCCUCCUUCAGAUACCCACAAGAUUACCAGUUCUAUAUCCAGAACUUCACGGCUCUUCCUUUGAACACAGUCAUUCCUCCUCAGAGGCAGGCCACCUUUGAAUACUCUUUUAUCCCUGCUGAACCGAUGGGUGGACGUCCGUUUGGGCUGGUCAUCAAUUUGAAUUAUAAGGAUGCGAGUGGAAAUGCUUUCCAGGAUGCAGUGUUCAAUCAGACUGUGACUAUAAUUGAAAAGGAAGAUGGUCUAGAUGGAGAGACAAUCUUCAUGUACUUAUUCCUUGGUGGUCUUGGACUGCUCGCGGUUGUUGGUCUUCAUCAGCUAAUGGAGUCCAGAAAGAGAAAGCGACCUGCCCAGAAAGUGGAGAUGGGCACAUCCAACCAAAACGAUGUUGACAUGAGCUGGAUUCCCCCCGAGACUUUGAGCCAAAUCAUGCAAAGUAGACGAGAUAAAGCUUCACCAAGACGCUCUCCACGCAAAAGAGCCCAGAAACGAUCAGCGGGAUCUGAUGAAUAAACAGACUUUGCGAUCUUCUUAAAAUCCUCUUUCCACUAAUACUGGCCCCUCCUGUCCAGGAUAGAUAACAUCUGACAUCCAUAAUGGAAAAGUGGAGUGGGGUGUGAAGUUGUAAAAUGUUGAAAAUCAUUGAACUGCAAUUUCUUUUUCUUUUUUUUUUUUUUUCUUUUUUUUUAAAGGAAUUUUGAGCCCUCAUGUAAGCCAAUACAUCACGCACCCAGGAUCUUGAAGUACCAUACUACAAAUCAUUGAAAUCCUAAGUUGCAUGACUUCAUCCCUCAUUGGCCCAUGUGUACAGUGUGGGAGCAAUGUGACUUUGGCAGAUUUUUAGCCUUUUCAGUUUUUGUAUCUUGGCCAAAGCAAGCUGCAGUAUAUAUUGGUUGUAGCCCUGCGCCUCGACAUGCCGGUUUUCUCAGACCGUCAGUGCAUUUUGCUCCUAUUCUACCAUUCUCUCUGCUGGGGGAGACUCUAGGUUUGCAGCUGGGUGUAAUUGUGCAAAGACUAUGAAUAUCUUGGUUUAGGAAAUAAUUGUUGUGUGGAAAAUUACACAAAGGUUUUUUAAAAAGAUGAUCAUAAAAAAAAAACGUCUCCGUGCAGCUGGAUGGAAAUGUUCAUCGAACAAAGCUUACAUUUUGUCAAUUUGCCAUUUGACAGUCUGCCUGCAAGUGUUCAAAGAAAUAAAUUCUUAAAUAAAGUUAAAACUCCA